UGUAUACACUGUUAAAAGGGGAUGGAAUUAAUGACUCUUUUAAGGAUACAAUUAUACUCAUCUUAAAAGCAAAUUAUCGAUGGGAAAUAUUUGUGCGGGUACGCUUUUAUGAUGCGCUCCGGUCGAAAUUUUUCUGAAUUUUCGUAUUUAAAAGCUCCUGUACUCCAUUUCAUUUUGAUAAGAGAAAAUUGAUUCCUAUUUUGAAAGUUUCCGACUAUUAUAUAUGGCGGUGUUUUGUAUUCGGAUUAAGGUAACGAACUGAAAUAUAAAGUUGAUCGAUUUUAAGUGCUUAUCUACAGAGACACCUUGAAAAGAACAAAGAGACAGCUAGGAGAUUUGAGAGCUAGGGAAAUCAAUGAAAUAUAUAAAUUCAGAUUAAAUUGAACUGCUAUCGUUUUAUAUACCACACGCGUAUGUUUUAUACAGAGCUAGAAUUAAAAUGACCAUUUUUCAAAUUCAACAGCUUUUUUAUGAAUGAAUAGGAAUACUGUUAAAAAUUUGCACCCGUAAGUGUGAUCUUUCAACAUGAUUACUUGUUAACAGUUCAAUCUUUAAUUACACCAAUCUUUUAACAGGGCGAUCUUUGUUAAUUUAAAAUCCCGUUUUAGAUGGCCGUAUACUCGGGUUAAAAUAAAAAUCAAACAGUGGUGGCUUUUAAAUAUAAAUCUAAACCAAUCAACGGUACUGUUUCUUGAGUGUUCCGUUCCCAAUGUCUCCUAGGCGACGUGACGCUACCUGCUCGAUCAUGGUAUUUGUGACACGCUAAGAAGAAAAUAAUAUAAGAACUUUGGAGAGGAUAUUAGAAAAACUGUGAAACUGCCACAAUGUCGGAUACCGAGAAGGAAAAGGACGACAUCCAGGAGCAGAAGAGAGCAACAGACGAACCAAACGACGAACAGGAGGCCGCAGACGACGACAAAGCUAGGGAUGACGACACGGGUGCGCGAAAAGUAACUUUCGAUUCUCACGAUGCAAACUCUGACGAAGACACAGGAAUCAGGGACAAGUCUGAUAGAAGUGGUUUAACAAAUAGUGCCAAAGAGGAGGAUAGUAGUGAAUCACAGACAAAUGUCAUAGAUCCUACAAAAAAGGAAUCCGUAGGAGACACAAAUAACAUGGACUUGGAGGAUGUAAAUAAUGAUAAGGAUUUAGACAAAGAUACGUCUAACAAACAAACUAAUGGGGAUAAUCAAGAUGCAAAUCAUUCUGAAACAGAACAUAAGUCUAGGGAACACUAUUCAGAACUCAGUGAUAAUAAGGGAAAUAAUGAAUCCAUAUCUACGGAAAAAGACAUGAAUGAAAAGAAAGAGGACACUAAUACUUCAGAAGAAAAAAAGGACGAUGGUUAUGUUCCUUUAGAUAAAUUAUGGUCCAGUCCCAAAAGGGAAUAUAAAGGGUAUCAGCGGGAAUAUAGUUUUGACUAUACCAGAAGAACAACUUCAACUUCCUCUUUCAAAGAAAAAACAAGCGAAAACGAACAGUCUGUAUCCAAAACCGAACCACAAAACCCUAAACUAGACCUAAACAAAGAUGUGGAGGAAAGUCAAAAGGAACAGAACAGUGACUCUACACAGUCACGUGACGAUCAGGUUUCAUCGAAACCUGAUAUAAAUGUAAAGGACAGUCAGAAACAAAAUGUUGAUUCUUCACAGUCGCGUGACAAUCAAACUUCGUUCAACGAUUCUGGUAAUGGAGAUAUUAAUAAAUCAGAAAAUAGGUAUUCUACAAAUGAAUUGUCUGAGACAAGUGAAAAACACAAAACCAAAGAUAAGAGUGUAAAAGACGAUACACAAAGUCCAGAGGAAUCAUCUGCUGAUUCUAAAACCGAUUACAAUGGUCAUCAAUCUCCUCCAGGCAGUUCUUCAAGACAAGAGCACCAAUCAGAUUCAACAAAUUAUCCUCAGCGAGAAGAUCCUAAAGGCGAGAACAAGCAGGCGAUUAAACAAGAAGACGACCGCGAUGAAUGGCGAUUUCAAGAUAGAAAAUCUUCAGAUGAGGAUUCAGAAGAAGCGAGAUCUGAAGAUGAAAAUCUCAGAGACACUGAUAAUAGAAAGAAGGAAGAAAUAUCAAUUCCACAAUCUCACGAAGAUGAGUAUGAAGAAGAAAGGUUUGAAUCUGAAUCCGAUGAUGAUAUUUCAGUGAAAGACACUACACAAUAUGAAGAAGAACCAAAACUUGAACCAGCGAAAGAAAACAAAGAACCGGUAAACAAAGAACCAGUACACAAACCAAAAGAACAACCAAAGAAAAAUAGUCAUCCAUCUCCCUCUCCCAGGUCUUCCUCCCAAGUUAACAGGAACCAACAAAAGCCUGUUACCAGAAGCGCUCAACCAACUAGUCGACCAAGUGAAACUCGAAGAGCUUUGUCUUCCGCUCAAAUGAAGUCUCCAAGGUCUCAGAUGAAUACUCCAAGGUCAAGACAGAGGCCGCGAACGACACCAGGAGGAGCUCGGCAACAUUCCAGACUAGGAUCGGAGGAAGGCCGAAAGAGACAAAAAGAAUUUUUCCGAGCAGAGCUCACUAGGCUACAAAAAAGCCUUAGAGAUGAAUCAUCGAAAAUCCAGAAGCCAAAACAGAGAGAACACUAUCCCUUUGUAUGGACUAGUCUAGAGCCUUACUACAAUACAUAUGUUGCUAGAUUCCUUAUUGACGCUCAAGAAGAAGCUAUUUACCACCCACAAACCGGAAAAAGCUCUCCAGAGGCCGACCGACCUCAGAGCCGUAGUCGACCAAUCAGUCGCGGCAAGCUUUAUGCCGAGGACCCCCAGCACGGUUAUGUCAGCAGAAACACCGCCAUUGGCCUUUGUGAUCCAUGGACAGAUCUCCGCAUGGACCGCGAACUCUUACCCAGACUAGAAACCCCCUCCCGAAAAUCCAGGACAAAAGGAAUGCAAAAGGACCAAAAGCAGAAAACAAAGAAAGAAAAGCCACCAAAACAAGGCAGCACAAGGCUGCCAAAGUUCCCCGUGGUUGACUUCUCCUCCAGCAGAGAAAAUGCCACGAAGUGUUUCCCGUACAGUGAAGUACCGAAAUUCAGACAAGAAGUUAUGGGUCGGUACAAACAUGACGCGCCUAAAAAGUUGGACUCGGAUUACAAACGAACAAGGAACGACUUCUACAGAAUGGAUUUGGAUCGCCUUGACGAGAUCCACCCUACCAAUCGCCAGCACAUGCGCAAAGCGUAUUUUGCUUACCUUCAAAACACACCAGGUUCGAAGAAGGCCAUCAACGAAUGUGUCAAAGGACUGAAUGGCGAGGAACCGCAGAAAGCCAACUGAGAGAUUUGAGUGUUCAUAUAAAACAGUGGUUGUGUGUUAGUUACAAUCCUCGAGAUUUUAAUUUCUGUGAUAUUCAGGAAAACUCAUGUAUUAGUUGUAUACAAGAAACUAUCAUUUUGUUUCUGCAUAAAAGACAGUUCACACGGUAAUCGUAUAUUGUUUACUAUAUUAGAUUGAAUGAAAGCACGGUCAUCAACCAGUCAUUCAAGAGGUUCGGACUGAACGAUCUGUGUAGCAUAUCUGUGAUAUUUUAAUUCAGUACCGUUUCUUAUAUUUUUUCUUCAUCAUUAACAAUCCUAUUCAGAGUUGAAAUUUCCUACGUCAUUUUCGAUUUGUUUUUCUUUUCGACAACGAUGUAUAUUACAUGUGUAUGAAUAAUGACGCAAUAAAAAGAAGAUGGUUGAGUAGAAAAUACUCGUCUGAAAAUAUUUCGCAUGUUGCAUUUAUUAGAACUUUCGACUUCGUUUCAAUGUCAUUGUGGUACAAGGACGACAACUCUGAAUAGCGGUAAAGAUAAAAAGAACGUGAAAUUUCCAUAUAGCAUGUCUUCAUUCUCUGCACCUCUCCACGAUAGAUAUAUCGACAUGAUUAUUCUAUUUCUUGUGAUCUCUGAUUCUAGAACUGACAUUUUCCCAUUAUGGUGUGUCUCCCUUCAAUGCUGUCCAUGUGAUAUAAACGGUCCAAUGAAUUGUCAAUCGUUUACACGUAUUUACCAGAAGGAAUAAAUCAAUAUAAAGUGAAUGGUAUCAAUUCAUUUCUCCUGUUCGAUGUUUUCAAGUUAAAUCUCUUUCAUGAAAUAAAUUUUGUUAUUCAAAAGA